AUGUAUAUGAGAAAUUCUUUACAGGAAAUCAUUAACACGCAUUCGACCAUUUAUGAUAUUGAAUUAUUUGGAUCAAAAGUAAACAGUCUACUACGUGAGUAUUACGAAGGCUUGGCAGUUACCAUCCAUCUAGCCGCGCUGCGGUUCCAUCAUAUGGACAAAGUCUGGCAUAGUCGGUUGCGAUGGAAGCUUGUUGAUUUUUGA